AACUUUCGGAGGAACCCUGGCCGAAGACUAAUCUAUAUAUACAGCCUUUUGGUAGUUAUUUAUGCAGCAACAACAAAAUCCCGUACAAUGAUGCCUCUUUCUUCAAUUCCCUCCUCCUUUCAACCCUCCUCAGAAAAGAUAUUUGACGACAGUAAAAAAGUGCUCAUCGUCGGUGGUGGCCUGGCCGGACUCGCUCUGGCCAAUGUGCUAAAGUAUCAGGGUGUUCCUUACAAAGUUUUUGAACGAGACCCUUCACCGGGCAACCGAACUCAGGGUUAUUCUCUCAGUAUCCAUUUCUGUCUUCCAGCAUUGAAAUCCGGUAUGGAUCCAGUCAAAUAUGCCACGCUUGGUGAAACCGCAGCCGUCGAUCGAGGACAUCCCCGACGUGCCGACCUUGGACUUGUAGAUGGCAACUCUGGUGAGCGCGUUGUCACGAUUCCUGCAGAUUCUAAUAGCGACGUAUUCCGAGUCAGCCGCGAACGAUUUCGUGGCUGGCUUUUGGAAGGCAUCGAUGUUGCAUGGAGCAAGCGCAUUGACUACUACACAGUAGACGAGGAAGGAAGAAGUGUACAGGUCACGUUCACGGACGGUACGGUGGAACAAGGCAGCAUACUGGUUGGCGCUGAUGGCAUCAAUUCACAAGUGUGCCGUCAAUUGAUCGGCGCCGAGGAUUUUGACAAGACAACAAUUACGACGGACGCAAUUCGUAUUUUGAACGGAAGCUACUGGAUCGAUACUGAUUUGCGCAGGGAAAUAGAGCAAACUUUAUCGCCAUCGCAUAUACUGAGUGCUGCCAGCAGUAGCGAGGAUGCUGAGCAUUCGACUUGCCUGUUUGUAUCAUUGCUUGACAUCGACCGCACCCGAGACAAGCCGUACGAAAUGUUGUGGAGUAUUUCCUGUAUUGAUGAAAACGAACCAAGCUAUGAGUCGAAUCACGAAAGGCUCCGACAAGCCAAGUCAUGGGUACACAAGGCCGGCUUUCAAGGGUUGCUGCGCCGACUGGUAUUAGAAUCACCAGAGGAUACCAGGGUGGUGCCUUUGCAAAUCAAGGAACGAUCCCCUCAUAUAAAAUUGGACACAUUGCCUGCUGGUCCAGUUAUACUAGUAGGUGAUGCUGUGCAUAAAAUGACGCAAUUUCGUGGAGAAGGUGCAAAUCAUGCUAUUCAGGAUUCGGCUUUAUUGGGUUUGAAGCUUGCAAGCGUUUACAAAGGUGAAAAGACAUUGGAGGAAGCGUAUGACAAAUAUUAUAAGGAGAUGCUGCCCAGAGGCCGAAAAGCGGUUGCGGAGUCACAUCAAGCUGUUCAUAUGAUGCAUGGUUCUCGAGCGUUUAUCAGUGCGGUAGCCAUGGCUGCUGACUUCAAAAAAUAACAGCGAUGGUAGACGAUAGAAGCAUAAUUCUUGCUCAUUGCAAAUAGAUAAUAAAAAAUAGCACUAUUCUGAACGAAGGGCCAUCCAGCAAAGAUG